AGGUGUGCGCGUGCUGCCGCCAUGUCUAAAGGAAAUCCCGGAACGAAGCAUGGUCGGUGGUUGACUGUGGAAAUCGAGGAAGGCCAGUGGUCGCAAUCGGAACGGUGGACUGCUCGGUGCCUAGUGCAGUCCCCGUCCUGCGACUCAGCGAUGAGGAUAUGACUUCUCUCUUCAAGUGCGCCUGCCCGAAACCCGUCGCUGCCAGCGCCCGAUUCAAGACCGCCGAACCGGCGCACCGAUGAGCCAGGACGCGUCGAAUGACUUCCUCGGGUAAGCGUGAGCCAUGCGUCGAACGCUCGAGCGGCCUCCGUUGGGAGGCGACCUGGAGACCUGUACGGUGCCCAGCGCUCGAUCGCGUGGUGCUCGCGGACACGAGCAAGCGAGUGACCUGCCUUCGUUCUCGGAAGAGGAGGGCGGGGAGGUCGAAACCCGACAAAGCAGUACCCACAGCUUGGCACGGCCCGGGCUCUCCGGGUACUCCAUGCGUGCAAGAUUCGGACGGCAGCUUAAGCCACCUGUGGUAUUGGAACUCCAGAAGCCCUGUGUUCGAAUGAAAGACCCUGAGCGUGUUGAAGAACUUGUCUGCAAAUUGAUUAAAGGGGGCCCAAAGAAACUCCAGGUUGUUACAGAUUUCGACAACACAAUUUCGAGGUCACAUUUCAAUGGAAAACCUUGCUGUUCAACCCAUGGCGUUCUUGAAUCCAGUCAAAUCAUUGCCAAGGAGUACCAACUAGAGGCACAGAAAUUGCACAACAAGUACUAUCCAAUCGAAAUUGAUCCUCAUAUUUCGACAGAAGAGAAAAUACCUCAAAUGGUGGAAUGGUACUCGCGGUCACAUGCCAUUUUAGUCAGCUGUGGCAUGAAAAAGCAUGAUUUUGCCAAGCUUGUGGCAGACUCGUCGAUUAUGUUGAGGGAUGGCUGCGAGUCAUUUUUUGAGAUGCUACACGAGCACCAGAUACCCACUCUGGUGUUUUCUGCUGGCCUUGGUGACAUUUUGGAAGAAGCAUUGAGGCACUUCCAGUGCCACUUUCCCAACCUGAAGUUCAUCUCUAAUUACAUGCAGUUUGACGAAGAGGGCAACAUCGUUGGCUUUAAGGGUGAGCUGAUUCACAUGUACAACAAGAACCGGUCAAAUGUGCAUCCUGAGUACUACCAGGCAGUGAAGGAGAGGACCAACAUUCUUCUCUUAGGAGACUCUCUUGGUGACCUUGACAUGCUUGCUGGUAAUCAGCAACAGGAAGUGGUUCUUCGCAUUGGCUUCCUUAACAGCAGGAUCGAAGAACGCCUUCCACAAUAUUUAAAUAGUUUCGACAUUGUACUUCUCGACGAUCAGACAAUGGAUGUUGUAAAUGGAAUACUAAGAAAAAUUAUCUACUAGCGCAAUAGCUCCGGAGAAGAUCAAGAGAGCUGCAAAGGGCUGCUACUUUGUUCUCAGCGUGGUGUCAGGCAAAGUGCUUAUGAAGGGGCUUCAACAGCACAACAUGAAACAAGUUCGAAAGAUGCGUGCCACAGUAAUUCAACCAACACGGGCAUCGUCAUCUGUGGUAGCUGCUGCCAGCACAGUGCAUGUGAGCCAUGCAUUGCACCUGUGGUGAAAAGCUGCAAUGGUCACACUGUGUGGCAGAACUCUCUACUGUGACUCUUCCACACCAUGUUUCAGUUUCGUAACUUGAUUUGUCAUCACAUUUUUGCAAGCUGCCCUUGUGAAUUUAAAUGACAAGAGGUACAGUAUAUGCUUGAACUCUUAACACCACAUUUAAUUUAGUUUCGUAAAUUUUUUGGAACUUGUAAAUUAUUUGCUUAGUCUGUGUAAGCCUGAUGAGACCUUUCCAUCCCUCCCUUAUUUUAUUAGCUUUUUAAUUGCGUCGGCAGUCUAGUCCCACAUUUUCUGAGCUUGCAUCAAACUUUCUAAUGGGCGUCCUGUGAGCAUGGUGUUGUUUCUGAUCCUUUUUAAAUCUCUUAGGCUACUUACAUCUUUUAGUAUUCAUACCACAUAUUUCUAUGCUAUAAUGGAUGCUCCUUUAUGACUGCCUAUACUGCAUAUUAUGUUGCAAGGCAGAAAUCUGGUGGAGCUGCAUUGUCCACUGUCUGCCGCUACAGCAGGGAAACUUGCGUAUGCAAGUGCUAGCAAGUCUUGGUGCGUGUUAUUGCGCUUUUAUAGUAGGUACGCACAAAGUUUGUCUGUCCUUUUUCAUGCACAAGUGCUGGGUUUGAUUAAGGUUGUUUUGGUGCAGGUUGGUAUUUUCUGCGCCAUACAUUUUAGAGAGUAUUUUACAAACUCGGAAUAUUUUUAUUCCACCGAUUUUUAUUGUGUGGUCAAGUGUUUUAAAUUUUUAAAUAUCUAGAAGGAGCUUCAUAUCAGCUACAGCAUUGACAGCUUUCUAUGUGCCUGAGCCUUGGUACUGUAUAUUCACAUGUAUGUGUUCAUGUGCAGUCAUUUAGCUUUGAUCGUAGUCUCUUGCAAGACCAGGUUCAUGCAUGUUCUGCAGUGUGGCAACACUGCAGAACAAUGAAAAGACCAUCUGCGGAGACCUCGCUGAAAAAGCCAAAGUUGUCCUCUUUAUAGAUUAUGAGCCGCAUAGGAUAAAGCCCUAUCAACCGCACAGUGUACGACCAUGGUUGUCUGACUUCACUGUGAAGAGUGAAAAGUAUGGAAAGCAGGUUAUUCACAUUGUUCUACUGCACCUUCAUGACCUGUCAUGUCAAGCUUAUGCUGGAGCACACUCCUAGAAUGAAAAAUGUUAUCAGUCUGUAUUGGGCAAUAUGGAGCUACAGCGUUUUGCUGGUUAUGUCUACCAUGCACAAAUGUUCUCACCCUAAUUUUUUGUUUAGUGCUAUGGCAAUACAACCUAGGACACACUUCAGCCUGCUUGGUGUCCAAGGCACAUGCUGUAUGACUGUAAUGAUGAACCUGACAGCACAUUAUUUAGAAGCUGUUAAUGUUGUACUGACUGCUGUUAUCGAACCCUUCUCUCUCUCUCUCUCCCACUUUUUUUUUCUGCUUUGCAAAAUGUUGCUUCAUCUUUGUUCUGUGUUGCAGCACAGUCGACAGGUACCAUUGGCACGCUACACUCUCAGACAAAGGCACCUCCUUUGGGGUGUAUGUCUGCUACACAACAAUAAUCGUCAUCUGCCUUGCUUG